AUGGAAAAAGUAUCAGACAUUUUAGCUGAUAAUAGAGAGUCAAGACUGCAAUUAAUAGAAACAUUGAAAGGUGCCGGUCAAAAACAAGAAGAUGAAGUAGAUGCAUUUUAUAAAAGUAUUUCUCUUUCCGUAAAACGCCUUCCGCCAUUACUGAGAUCCGAAAUCAAGAUGCAACAUUUACAAAGUUUACAUAAUAUAGAAUUGAAAUACAUGCACAGUCAAUCACAAUACCUGCAACCAUAUUUUUGUCCUCAACAAAACAUACCAGAGCAUUCAUUAGUUCAUCAGACUCAGACUCAGACAUACCGACCAGAUCAACAAGAAAACCAAAGUUGUCCAUCUCAAUCUACAUCAUCUCAACCCUUUUAUGAGAAUCUUCCUUAUUGA